AUGCCGCAACAAAUCCACCGAAGGCUCGUCACUGUAAGACGAAUAGCCAAUAUCAAGCCUAUUACUGGAUCGCCGUACAAGGUCGUUUCAGUGGAUGGAUGGGAGGUGGUAGUAGGAAAAAAAGAGAGUUUCAUCGAAGGUCAGCUGGUCCUAUACUUCGAGGUUGAUAGCCUACUUCCGCCCAACCACAAUUUCUGGGAGUUUGGUGCUUUCUCGAACAAAGAAUCUGGUUAUGUGGUCACGACUAUGAUCAUAUGCAAACAUCUUUCCCAGGGUCUCAUAUUCCAUCUGGACAAAUUCGCUGAGUUUUACGAUCUCUACUCCCGAAUGAAGACGUUUUAUGGCAAAGAACUCACCGAAAUGAUAAUAACAAAAAUGUCUUUCGAAGGAAUCCUGGGAGUCAAGAAAUGGGAGAAUAUCGGUUAUGGAGAUCCUACCCCUAAAUUCCAUUGCCCACCGAUAUUCUUCCCCCAACCUGGUUGCGAAAGAGUACAGAACUUGCCGGAUCUUUUCAAAGACCACGGAGAGAAAACGUGGCAAAUUACAGAGAAGCUAGACGGUAUCCCGAUGAGUGUCUAUGCUAUUGAGAAAAACUCGAAAUGGCAUUCACUCCUGCCGCCUCUCCCCGAUGGUUCACAGCAGAUCGAAACAACUCGUAUUGGCAUAUGCAAUCGAACACAGGAUCUGGUCGAAUCCUCAACAUCCUUAUACUGGAAAGUCGCCAAACAACAAUGCAUUAUUGAGAGAAUUCGUCAGAUUCGGGAAAACAUCGUAGUACAAGGAGAGCUUUGCGGUUUCGACAUUAUGGACAAUAGCAUCGGUUUCGAACCAGACCAACACGUCUUCUUCGUUUUCGGCAUUUUCAGUAUUGAUGACCAAGAAUACCUACGACCGGAAGAAGUAAAGGACAUCUGUGACAAGCUUGGAUGGGAUCACGUGCCCAUAAUUUGCAGCAGUACGAUGCUGUCCACAUUUGCCGACAAUAUUCACGACCUUCUAUUGAAAGCAGAAGGAGUAGGGAUGAAAGGUCGGACGAGGGAGGGUCUGGUUUUUAAAACACAUGAUGCUUGCUUUUCUUUUAAGGCUAUUUCAAACUCAUGGCUUCUCGAGACGGGGAAAAGGUGAUGGAGGGGAAUAUGCAAUUUUCAUUCGGCUUUGCUACCAAUUGCAGGGACAAACAUGGUCAUGAGAAGUUCCCGAAGAUAGUGGGAAUUA